AUAACAACAAAAAACUAUUUAGUUUACUCACUGUUAUUUACAUUUUAUUUUUCAAUGAGCGAGCACAUACCAAAAAAUAACAAGUGAAUUAAAUUAACUACAAUUAUUUUAGUACAAUAUAAAUGAAUUAAUAAAAUCUAAUAAAAACAAACGCUCAAAUAAUAAAACAAGAAAUUACGAAAGUUAACGUGUAUGUGCCAACAUAUGGUUAAAGAAAAAGUUUAACAAAAAGGCGAGCAAAUAAAAAGACAAAUAAAUUAAUUACUUUAAUCUAGAGUCCGAUAAAGUGCAAAGAUAAUUCCCUAAAUUUAUUAAUUGUUUUAUAAUAUGGGUUCAAACAUUAAAGAUACGUUUUUGGCAGCAGAAGUUAAAGCAUGUUCCACAAGCAAAGCAACAUUGGCCACACAAUUGGCUACGUACCGUGUGUAUGUGGUAACCUGGAAUGUGGGCAGUAGAUUUCCAGACAAUAUUUCAUUACGCAACCUGUUGGGACUUAAUUCUGCUGUAGAAGAUCAUCAUUUACCCGAUAUAUAUGCUCUUGGUUUGCAGGAAGUCAAUGCCCAGCCGCAACAGCAGGUAUUGGGUCUAUUUAAAGAAGAUCCUUGGACCGCUAAAGCAAAAGAUUUACUUAAGGAGUUUGAUUAUGUUGCCAUAAAAACCGAACAAAUGCAGGGUUUGUUAUUAACCAUGUUUGUACGACGUGUACAUGUCGCCCAUUUGCGUGAUAUUGAAGCAGAAUUUACCCGUACUGGUUUUGGCGGCAUAUGGGGCAAUAAGGGAGCUGUUAGUAUACGUUUUAAUAUCUAUGGCUGUGGCUUAACCUUUAUCGUGGCCCAUUUGGCUGCUCAUGAUCAUCACUUGGAAGAGCGCAUUGAAGAUUUCAAACAAAUUAUGGAUAAUCAUCAUUAUCAUGUAGCACGCUUUAGAGAAAUUCUUGAUCAUGAUUAUGUUUUUUGGUUUGGUGACUUAAAUUUCCGUUUAAUGGGCGAUGAUUCGGCCCAGGCUGUGCGCGAUAAAGUAGUUAAGGAUGAAGCUUUGGAAGAACUCAUGCAGCGUGAUCAACUGAAUCAUGUAAGAGAGGUAACACAAGAAGCUUUUCCUCUAUUGCAUGAACGUAAACCAGCCUUUCCGCCUACCUUUAAAUUCAAAGAAGGCACUUCGGAAUAUGAUCUAAAGAGAAGACCGGCCUGGACAGAUCGUAUUUUAUAUGCAGUACAACCCCUCAAUCGUCAACCCAAUAUGCCUUUAGAAAUUGAGCAAUGCGCCUAUAAAUCCCACCCGGGUUACAAUAUUAGUGAUCAUAAACCAGUAACAAGUGAAUUUACCAUUAAACUCUAUCCCAAUUAUCGUGCUCCCUGUGUGGAAUUCCAGGAUAUUACACUAUGGAAGAUUGGCGAUGAAAAUACAGUGGAGUAUAAAAAACCCAUGGACUUUGAGGAACGUGAUCAUGACUGGAUUGGUAUCUAUCGUGUAGACUAUGCCAGUCUUAAGGAAUAUGUAGCCUAUGAGUAUGUUAAUCAAGCCGAUUCGCCACCCUCUUCUCCAGACUCUGUAGUAGAUCCAUUUUGGGAUGAUGGCCCCACACGUCGUCAUGGUCAUUCACAUCGCCAUAAACGUGAACGUUUGAGAAGACAACAGGAAGCCAAUGAGGAAAUAGUACGUCUUGAUUUUGCCGAUGAUGUAGAACUAAAAGAUGGCGAAGAAUAUCUUUUGAUAUAUUUCCAAAACACCGGGCUGCGAGGUGUUACCUCGGUGGCGGGCAUUAGUAAUGUUUUUAAGGCAGUAAAAAGAACGUCGUCGCCUAAUUUUGGCAAUGUUGAUUAACAUCGUUAUUUACUUGCAAUUAUUUAAGAAAAGCAUUUAAGGCUUUUUCUCGUGGUUAUUUGCAAUGUUUUUUGUUUUUAGUUUGAAUUUGUUUAUGUCGUAACUAACUAAUAUUUUUGUUAAUAGUUUAAAGAAAGUUUUAUUUUUUAAGUUUAAAUAAUGACAAAAUUAUUAUAAAAAGUUGUAAAAUAUAAUAUUGUAACGUCUUUGUGUUAAUGAACACACAUACCAAGUUAAUUUUAAAAUUGAAUCAUACUUUUGUUAAGUUCAAUUAUUAUAGUUGUGUCACAAAUAAAUAGUUUAUAAUAAUA